CAGCCAGGGCGUCACGUGAUCGCGUACGUUCCGCUGGUUAUCGGCUGGCGAGUCAGUCGCGUAUAGUCAAGUCAGCUGUGCGGCGGCCGUUGUAAUGCCCGUGAUGGUGCGGCAAGAGCUGAACUUGAUCAUCGCUCACAGUCCGGAAGGCGGCAAGGGUGGCGGCGAUGGUGGCUCUGUCAACGGCGCCAGCAAACCACGCAGCGGAGGCGCCGCGGCAGCGCGCUCGACGGGCUCGGCGCCCGCCGCGGCCGGAUCCACUCCGCCGCCAGCGGCGGCUGCUGCUCCCGCGACCACCAAUACGCCUUCGGGUCGCACACCGAACUGCGCCCGUUGCAAGAACCACAACAAAAUGGUGUUGCUGCGGGGCCACAAGCGCUUCUGCCCGUACGUAGACUGCGUCUGCGACCGGUGCAAGCUGAUCGCCAAGCGACAGGUGGUCAUGGCCAAGCAAGUGGCACUGCGCCGGGCCCAGGCGCUCGACGAGGCCAUGGGACGCACCGUCAUCGAGGAAGUCGACCCCGAGGAGCUCAAACUGGCCGCGGAGAAUGGAAGCAUGCCACCCGCUGACUGCGUGACGCCCGCCGACGUGAGCCUGACCACGCUACCUUCGCCGUCGCUGCCGCCGUCCCCGUACUCGCCGUCCCCUUCAUCCUCAUCUUCCUCGUCGUCGUCCUUCCCGCUGCCACACUCGCUGUACGGCGCAACGGCCGCUGGCGCUUCACCGUUGUUCGGUGCCGGCGACGCCUCGCCGCCGCUGUUCAUGCCGCUGCCGUUCCCGCUGCCGCCGAGUCCGCACCGGCCGUACGAGCCCUGGACCAGGACGCCGCCCGGCGUGUCGCCUUAUCUCGCGGCGGCUGCAGCAGCCGCCGCUAGUACAGUACCGCCACCGCCUUCGACGACAUUUGCCGGGGCACCGUCAGUGCCGGCUCCCACGACCGCGCCACUUCAUCUUGCCGCGGCCGCUGCAAGACUGCCCAGGCCCAUACCGACCACGACGAUGUCGGCGGCCGCUGCCGCUGCAGCCGCGGCCUCGAGCCCUCCCAGAUACGACACCGUGGCGUCGCUGUCCGGCUCCGUUCCCGCUGCCACCGGGGUAGACGCGGUCGUCACGGCGACCACCCCUGCCGUCGCGGCCACAACCAGCGUUGCGCAAGCGUCCUCGAGCGUCAACUCCUACUCGCCGUCGAUGUACGCGUACGACCGCAGCGCAGCGGCUGCGGCUGCUGCCGCUGCCGCCGCCGCUGCCGGCAUGUCCCUGCACUUCGACCACCACGCCCACCAUCCGAGCAUGCCGCUGUCGUCCUACGCUCCGUCGCUCCUCUGGUGGGACUGAGUGUGUGUCGGGGCUCGUCGGACGUGCUCAUUCUGGUGCUGCGUGUGUUUGUGCGUUUGUCAGCCGCUUGGGACCUACAUGUAUAUUUCUUGAAUUUGAAGCAUGCACGCGAUGAACUGCGGUGGCUUGAAUUUUUUUUUUUUCAAGUAGAAUGCGAGUUUGAACGGUCUUUAUUUUUCUGGCUCGUGACCACGUUGUGCUCUUGUAUUUGCUCACGUUUUCGUUUUCUGGUCCUCGGUGUCGAAACUCUAUUUUAUUUUUAUCCUACCUAUCAGUGCACUGUUAUUCGAGAUUUUUUGUCUAAGUGUCUAGUUAGUGGUGCAAAGUGUAGCUUUUGUUGCCACCAUUUACAUUGUAAAUAUUUAUGUGUAUUCGCAGCGCGAGCAUGUGGUGUUAUUAUUAUUAUUUUAAAAAUAUGAGUUCAUUCUCGUCUCCAGCCGUUAUGUGAUAAUGGCAAUGAGCGUGAAAUGAAGCGAUUCUCCGUAUUCUCAA